AUGUCUGAUAUAACCAAUUUACCACCUUUGCCGCCUUCUCCCUCUCCUUCUUUCUCGCUCUCGCCUCCUCCAACUGAAUCAUCCUCAAAAUCGAUGCCCCUUUCGAGAAUCAAGAAGAUGCCAUCUUCAGUCCGGAUAUUUCAAGAACAACAUAUCAACGAGUUCGCACACCUUCAUCUGAACGACCAAGAGAAACUUUCGAGGGAAGAACGAGAUAAAAUGUUAUUAGCUGAAAGGCAGAAACUGGAAGAAGCCAGACGAAUUGGAAGAUUGAAGAGACAAACCAUGGCUCAUCACCUGGAAAGGGACAAAGAGAAUGCGGAUUCGGAUUCGAGGAUCGGUUGGAGACCUCUAAGUCUGUUAGCUCGCCGUCAACCUCAGACGAAACCUGCUCAACUUGUCGUUCAGCAGGAUACACAUCUAAGUAAACAGCAACAACAGGAACAGCAGCGGCGUCAAAGAAGGUUUUCUCAUCGCAUGGAAAUCAUAACACCUACUGAUAUCGAUACACCCGAUUUAUCUUCACCCAUUCCAUCCGAUGUCAAUUCUCCUGAUCUAGCUCUGAUCACUCCUAACCAGCUUGGUUUGGCCCUCGGAUGUCCUUCGCCGCCCCUUCCUCAUAUUCCCAACAAAUCCAAAGCAAGACCAUCACUACCUCACGAUAUCUCUUCAGUAGACAGUCACGGGGACAACUCGACCUAUUCUUGGGCAUCUUCGUUCUCAGGUGAGACUGUUGAACUUCGUACCGCCGCACAUUACGUCCCGUCAAUCUCUGAGGAAGGUGCCGGUGCCACCUCCGCCGAAUUGGGUCCAGAAGAGGUAUUGGAUUCACCUGAGAAAGUGAAAAGGAGAAGAAAGAGGAUCGUGGCUAUUGCUCACACCGUUAGGCAGUUGGAGGGUGUCGGGUCAAGAGAUGUCGAAGAUCCAAACUUCUACCAUCAAUUGGUCAAAGCCUGGAGCGAACGACCGGGCGCUCAACAACCUCGUGAACCCAUUUGGUCACCUACUACCCAACGAGCACUCGCUCCACCUAUACCUCCUAGACCCAUAGACAACGCCUCCGCUUUCGAUCCGUACCUUGCGCCUCCCGCUUGGCUCGCACCUCCCUCAUUCAACCCGGCCAGUGUCCCAAAUCAAGGUGCUUCACCAGUUCCCUCGUCAGAUCUCGAACAUCGGACACCGGACCUUGACGACGUUCAUCACAGUCAAUCAGAAGAGAAUCAUUCCAACGAAAGUUACGCGAGCUCCAAUCCGUUCAGGUACUCUUAUGCUUCCAGUCUACAUGAUCUGGCUUUAGAACAGGGCGUACAGCAUGGUACCAAAUUGAUGAGUGAGAAAGCAUGGCUUCGAUCCCCUUUGUUCGACCAGGGUACAUGGUUCGAUGCGAAUACCCCCUCUGCACCAUUACCCGUUGGUACCUUUCAGAUGGCGCCUAGAGUUCCCUCACCUGGACUUGGAGAGGGGGGAGACGACUCACCUAGGAGAUCAAGUGAGAAAGGACCCGAGUCUGGCUGUACUAUCAAUACUCAGUCUCAAUCUCGACGUACCCUCCGAAGACACGAUGCUAACAUCGGCGGGAUCAAGGAAAGACAAAAAUUGGGGACACCAAUUGCCUUGGCGGGAUCAUCUACGUCUGCGCCCACUCCAGCCCCAACUAAUUGGGGAUUAGGCUUCCUCGGAAAUUGGCUCAAGGAUGAAUUGGCGGAUGUAGAUAUAGAUGAAUCAUCAAAGAAUGACAAGGAGGAAGUGGAUUUUCAAUUUGGGGAGGCAGGGAUGAUCGGACCUCAACGAUCGAUGAACAUGAAUACGAGGAACAAGAUUUCGAGUUUCUUAGCAGAGGGAGAUGUGCUCAACGCCCAACCGAUAAAUAUAAACGACCGUAUGACUUUACGGGAAACAGAGCAACAGGAACAGCAGGAAAGCAGGAAAAUCGAAAUGAACAAUCAAUAUCAAGAUCAGUCAAUGGAAUCUAUACCGUUGACUAUCAACGACAUACAAACAAACCUCGUUUUACUCCCUCCCCUCCCCACACCGGAAAUCGAAGAGAUAUCCAACCAAACUGGAUUACCCAAAUCUCAGAUCAACCCUCCGCCGCCAAAAGAAUGUCUUAUAGUAGCAAAAGAAUAUCGAUACUUGAACCCUUGCCGACGUCAGAGUUAUUCGACCCCCUCGGACAUCUUGUAUCCUCAUCCGCAUCUACACCACGAACCUCCCUUGAUAUCGAACGAGAACCAGGACGUCAACGAGAAUCUACGCCUACGACAUCGGCUUCAGGGUGGGUUUGGGGAUUUGGAAGUACAAGUAGAAACAGAAACAGAAGUAGGAGUAAGACCGUCGGAUCACCAACCAACAGAGGAGGCGGAGGAGGAGGGAUCUUGGGAUUUAUCGGAGAUCUCAUUAUCCCAAUCUCAAUUUCGAACGCCGCCUCUGAAGAUCCAUCGGAGACUCGGUUCCUUGACACCCCAAGACAGAGUACACGAACGACAUUCGAUGUCUCCUACUCGGAUGACGACAACACCUCAACUCCACGAAUUACCACCCCUACCGCUCUCCCCAAUCAGUCUGACUGGCACGGGAGUGACGACAUCCACUCCACCACGUACACCCAAAUCACACCUUCGACCUGUCCUUCCUCCCUUACCGCCUACUCCGAAAUAUCGAAGACCCACUCCGCCAUCGCUCAACAACCCGAUGAGGGAGAGGAGGAAUAUAGAAGGAGGAUCAGACAGAGUUGGAGUUGGAUGUCCUCCUCUUCCACUUCCGCCUCCUCUAGCUCAGGAGACCCAGCCACACCUAAAUUACGACCGUUACUGCUACCCUGUAUCUACGGAGGGAGAUAUAGGUAUCGAUCUGGUCUCUCAGAGUAAUACGAAUACCAAUAGUAUAAUGAUGGUCGAACAUCCAUCUUAUCCACCUGUCAAUGAUACGUCCUUAACGGAUCCAAAUCAAUCCUCAGCCUCUUCAGGAUUAGUGGGAAUGGAUAUAUCGUCUAGACAAGCUACUACCACGGACCUCGAAAAGGCUUUACCCUCGAAACCCUCAAGUUCACCUUCUCGUACACCUCUGAUAUUAUUUAUAUUUGGAUUUAUAUUACCGAUAUUAUGGUUCGUAGGAGGAUGGCCAAUCCUCAAACCUUCUCCUGAACCAUCUACUUCAACCGAAGUUGUGACUACCGAAGGAGAAAAUGGAAGUAGGUUCAAAUGGUUAUAUCACCCUGAUCCGAUGGUAAGGAAAUGCCGAUAUGCUGCGGUAAUCUCUACACCGUUGAUCAUCAUAGCUGGGAUAGUAGCUGUCGUGGUGGUAGUGACGAUCUUAUAG